GAAUAAUGGCUCCACUCAAAACCCCUCCUGAAUGACCAACCUCCUCACCAUGAACUUUAAGGAUGAGUCCAGACAGCCUUCAAAAGGAGUUCAUUUCUGCUGGUUAUAUCACCAAUCUUAUUCUUUCAGUCACUACCCAAAGCUCACAUAACAGUAAACCAGUGCAGGAGCUGCAUAACUGCUAACGCACCAAUACUUCUGCUAGUCUCCUGCUCCUGUCUCCCUUCACUCAUAAACAAAAUUCUGAGGUUAACAAACCAGUUUCAGUAACUUGGGAUUAGACUAACAGGGCCACCUCCUGAUCGACAUAGCACUGAACCCCUUGGACCCCUCCUUCAGGUGGUGAGACCCAAGAGGACGAACAGCAGAUGCUGCCAACGAGCCGCGGAAACCUCAAUCCGGUGACGUGAACUUCCCGCGACAGUCCAGAGGAAGGCAUCAUGGCGGCGGGUAAUGGGAAGAAGCGUGGUCUUGAACAUUUGGACGAAUAUGAACCUAAACCAGCCAAACAUCUCCGCAGCCUGCACGACCGCAUGGCGGAGAGGAGGCUGGUGGUUAUUCUGGAGGGAGCGUCGUUAGAGACGGUGAAGGUCGGGAAAACAUUUGAGCUGUUAAAUUGCGACCAACACAAAAAUAUGAUCAUCAAAAGUGGAAGAGAUCCCGGAAAAAUAAGACCAGAUAUCACACAUCAGUGUUUGCUCAUGCUGAUGGACAGUCCGUUGAACAGGGCGGGGCUGUUGCAGGUUUACAUCCACACAGAGAAAAACGCUUUAAUCGAGAUCAACCCGCAGACCCGCAUCCCAAGAACAUUCACACGUUUCUGUGGCCUUAUGGUUCAGCUGCUGCACAAGCUGAGUGUCAGGGCUGCUGAUGGUCCUCAGAAGCUCCUGAGGAUGAUUAAAAAUCCAGUGUCUGAUCACCUACCUCCCGGCUGCCCUCGUAUCAGCACCUCCUUCUCUUCAGGAGAGGCCGUGUGCCCACGGACUUUGGUACCAGAGGGACCAGCUGCAGUGGUGAUUGGAGCAUUCGCACAUGGAGCGGUUAACGUGGACUACACAGAGAAGACAGUGUCCAUCAGUAACUACCCCCUGUCUGCAGCACUGACCUGUGCCAAGAUGUGCUCUGCCUUUGAGGAGGUGUGGGGCAUCCUGUGACGGAUAGAAAAGUGUUGAUGCUGACUGGAAAGAGACAGUUGACUAUAUGGACUUUAUUUCAGUGCACUAGAAAUACUGGACUGAGUGUCCACUGAUGCCCAAUGUUCUAUCCUGCUAUACACUGUCCUGUAUAUGUAUUCGAUGGCAUGUGAGCACCAUGUGGAAGGCACAUUGGUUCCUUUUCCAUGCAGGAGCAUGGCAGUUAUUUUUAUACCAGUAUCAAUUGCAGUUUUGAUUAUGGAUUGUUGUAGUUACAUUAAAAUGUGUGACUAAA